AAAGAAAAAGAACAAAAAAAAAAACUGAAGCGAACGGGCCAAUGGACCAUAGUCGUUGGCCGUCCGGCGGGAACAAAAUGCAUCUGGCGAAGUUCAAAUUCCAGUUACAACAGCGGAAAAAAUGAAGAACCCAAACUUCGUUUCACCAUUCCGGCUGUCCUCUCUCCUCCGCCGCGAGAAAAACCCUAAGCUCGCCCUCCAGCUCUUCCUAAACCCUAACCCUACCCCUCACCCUAAACCCUUCCGCUACCCCCUCCCUUCCUACGACCUCAUCAUUUCCAAAUUGGGCCGCGCCAAAAUGUUCCAAGAAAUGGAACAAAUCCUGCACCAACUAAAGCAAGAGACUCGCUUCGCUCCCGAGGAAAUCAUCUUCUGCAAUGUCAUCAAUUUCUACGGCCGUGCUCGCUUGCCCGAUCGAGCUCUUCAAAUGUUCGAUCAAAUUCCAUCUUUUCGGUGCAAAAUAACGGUGAAAUCCGUGAACUCCCUUCUGAAUGCGCUCUUGAGGUGUCGAGAAUUUGAGAGAAUGAGGGAAGUUCUUGUGGGCAUUGAUAAAUUUGCGAUUCCAGAUACGUGUACGUAUAAUAUAUUGAUUCACGCUUGUUGUGUGAGUGGAUCCUUGGACGGUGCAUGGAAAGUGUUUGAUGAAAUGCUGAGAAAGGGGGUUCCAUCAAAUGCUGUGACUUUUGGGACUUUGAUUUCUGGGCUUUGCGCGGCAUCGAAGUUAAAAGAAGCUUUUAGAUUGAAGGAGGAUAUGGUUAGAAUUUUUGAGGUGAAGCCCAAUGCUUUUGUAUAUACUUCCUUGAUUAAAGGGCUUUGUAAGAUUAAGGAACUCAAUUUGGCGAUUAAGCUUAAGGAGGAGAUGUUGGAUCUUAAGAUCGGAUUGGAUUCUGCUGUUUAUUCAACUUUAAUUGGUGGGCUUUUCAAGGUUGGGAGGAAGGAGGAGGUUCUUGCGGUUUUGAAGGAGAUGAGAGGAAAUGGCUGCAAACCUGAUACUGUCACUUACAAUGCAAUGAUUCAUGGGUUUUGUACUGAGAAGGAUUUCGAAUCAGCUUGUCAUGUGCUGAAUGAAAUGGUGGAGGGGGGACUAAAUCCAGAUAUUAUUAGUUAUAAUAUAAUUAUUCGUGGCUACUGUAAGGCUGGAAAGUUGAAAGAAGCCAAUGACUUAUUUGAAGAUUUGCCUAGACGAGGGUAUGCUCCUGAUGUGAUCUCAUAUCGGAUACUUUUUGACGGGUUUAUUGAUGGGAUGCAGCUUGGGGAAGCGGCUUUUAUUUUGGAUGAGAUGAUUUUCAAGGGUCAUUUUCCUCAUUCUGGAAGUAUCAAUAAAUUUGUUGAUGGGCUAUAUCAAGCAGGAAAUAUGGAUGUUUUAUGGGGAGUUUUGAAUAGUUUGGGAGAUAAAAAUACAUGGAGGGUUUUAAUCUGUAGUGUCUGUAAGAAAGAUUGGUUGCCCGACUUGCUUGAGAUUGUCGGUCAUUAACGAUGUUAUUGAUUGAAAUUCUGUGAGUUUGACAAAAUUACUUAAUUGAAUUUUAGAGCGCUGCACUUUUUAGGAUGCGCAGGGGAUUGUUGGGUAUUCACUCAGGGUUUGUAAAGGCUUUCUUGUGAGUUUUUUGGAGCCAUGGCAGCGUUCGUAUGUUUAGUUAUGAGGCUGUGGCAGUGCUAUAUCCAUCGGGGUUUAAUUGGCACUGAAGAAUGAAGGUUGUUCGGCUGUAAUGGAUGCCUAACAGCAAGAAAGCACUUGGGCAUGGAGAUGGGCAGCACAAGCACCCCUUCUUUGGAGAACAGUUUGGUCCCAAGUGGUGCACUUCCUAUGGGCACCACUGCACCACCUUCUUCCCCUGCUGCUGAUCGAAGUCGAGCAGUAUCGGUCAUCGACAAAGGGCUUUCUGGUCGCCGUCUUGCCUUGGAGUCGGUGCCGAGCCCCGGGGCUGGCCAUAAGGUUGCUGUUUAUGGAGGUGGCAAUUAGAGCACCAUACUGAUCACAUUCCUCUUUCUAAGAGGGCAGGGGAUGGUUUAGGGAGUGGGUGAUGGGUUAGAGCCUUUACCUUCCUCCUCACCUGUUACCCAUAUGUCGAGAGUAGUAGAAAAAAUAAAGAGAAGCUGGACAACUCUUAGAUAGGUGCAUGCAGUAUUAGUAUGUACACACUUCGAUUUUGUACCAAGAAGGACAUGCCUAUUGAUCCAUGUGUGUUGCUUUUAUGUAGUGAAAAUUUUCAUAUGGUUAGACUCUGAGAAUUGGUCAUUAGUCAAUAAUACAAUGUUUGAAUUUUUUUCACUUAAA